UCCCCCCUCCGGUCCCCUCCACCUGCCGUCCGCUCGGGAGAAAGAAGGAAGCCCAAGCCACCCGCCAUCCCGACGGACGCGAGCCUCUUCCGUGCGACACGACGGCUCCGGCAUCCUCGCCGGUGUCGUCUCCGCUGCCUUCCUCCCCUCGGGUGCCCCGAAGCCUCCGAUAUCGGGUUGUCGCAGACAAUUUUUCCCUAAAGAAGGAAACAAUUUCGCCCCAAAGAAAUCCAAAAUCAAGGCAUUUCUUAAAUCAAAACAAAAAAGAGUGCAAGAGAUAACCAAGAGCUACAAGUUGUCACCUUUCUCUCCUGAACCGAUUGGAAUCAGUAAAAUACUACAGAGUAAGCUGCAGCUGGAACGAAGUAGGUGAAUGUUGCCCUUGGUGGAUGACCUAUCAGCAUACUUGGUCAAGUUUGGAGUUCUAUGAAAAUCUAUAUUUCGCCACUUUCCAUCCAGAAUGCCAGGCUUACCUUUGGCGGAACAUUGGCUGCAGUUGCAGCCAUUCUAGGACUGCUGAUCAGAUGUGCCGCCAGCAGUCUCGGGUUCAUUUGACCGCUGAAGAACAAUUUGCAGCUGAAGAAAGCCUUUCGGUUUAUUGUAAACCUGUUGAGCUUUACAAUAUUCUUCAACGACGCGCUAUACAAAAUCCGUUGCUUCUUCAAAGAUGUUUGCAAUACAAGAUAGAGGCAAAGCACAAACGGAGGAUUCAAAUAACUGUAUCACUUUCCGGGAGCAUGAAUGCUGAGGGACAAAAACAAGAUGGGUUACCUCUUUAUGUGUUAUUGGGAAGACCUGUUGCUGAUGUUACAGAGCAUUCUGCGGUAUAUCAACUUAGUCGAGCUUGUAUGAUAACCACCUUCAAUGAAUAUGGGAAGAAAGAUCAAGUAGAAGCCAGUUUUGUUAUUCCUGAGAUUAAGAAGCUAGCAUCAGAUGCUCGAGUUCGAAAUCUCAACAUUAUCCUUGUCAGUAAUGGGGAACCAAAAGGUGCUUCUGGUGAAAAUCAUCUAUCACUGAAUCAUGAGGAACUCACCUCUUUUCCAAAUAUUGAAGGUCAUUGUCUAUGGGGAAAAAUACCAAUUGAUUCACUUUGUUCAUCAUUGGAGAGGUGUGUGACGCUGAGUUUAGGACAUAAGGCUGAGAUGCUUUCGACUGUUAGUAUGCACCCGUGCAGUUUGGAGCCUAAAUUUUUGAACCAGAACAACUGCAUGACCUUUUGUUCUCAUAAUGCGGAUCCUAUGAAUUCAUAUCAAGUGCAAGUGAGUAUAUGUGCACAAGAGAUUGGAGCAAGAGAGAGGUCUCCUUAUAAUUCUUACUCAUACAAUGAUGUUCCAACAUCAUCAUUACCUCAUAUUAUCCGAUUGAGAACGGGAAAUGUCCUCUUUAACUAUAGAUACUACAACAACACACUGCAAAAAACAGAAGUAACUGAAGACUUCUCCUGUCCAUUUUGCCUGGUGCGAUGCGCAAGCUUUAAGGGUUUAAGAUAUCACUUGACUUCCUCACAUGACCUAUUCAAUUUUGAGUUCUGGGUAACUGAAGAGUACCAAGCUGUGCAUGUCUCUGUGAGGACUGACAUAUGGGGAUCUGAGGUUGUAUCUGAUGGAGUGGAUCCAAGGUUGCAAACCUUUUUUUACUGCUCAAAGUUUAAGAGGCAUAUAAGAUCAAAAAAUCUUGUUCAGAGUGCAUGUCAUGUGCAUCCACAUGUUUUGGAGUCGCAAUCACCAGAAGCAGCCCAAGAAGGUUCUCAUGAAGAUUAUCUGCAGAAAGAAAAUGGCACAUGUUCCUCUUACAGGCUCCUUGCCUACCCAACAGAUGCUGCACUUCUGAAUGAUAAUGGCUCUUACAAAGAAGAAAAGCUUCAGAAACUAUCAUUCAGUGAAACCCAUUUGAUGUCUGCAAGGCAUAAAUCUGAAAGCUUUGGUUCCGAGAAUCAUUAUGCUGCAGAGUGUAUAGAACCUGGCUCAUCUAGCCCUGAUACUAUAGGCAUUUGCGCUGCUUCAGCUCAAGCUUCUAUCAGUAAUGAUUGUGCUCAGCGUGGAUCUGGAAGCAAUCUUGCACCUCCAACUGUGUUGCAAUUUGCGAAGACCCGGAAAUUAUCUGUUGAACGAACUGAUCCCAGAAACAGCCAAGCACUGCUACAAAAACGCCAGUUUUUUCACUCUCACAGAGCUCAGCCAAUGGUGGCGGAGCAAGUAAUUUCAGAUCGGGACAGUGAGGAUGAAGUUGAUGAUGCCAUUGCUGAUUUUGAAGAUAGAAGGAUGCUUGAUGAUUUUGUGGAUGUGACAAAGGACGAGAAGCAAAUUAUGCAUAUGUGGAAUUCAUUUGUCAGGAAACAAAGGGUGCUAGCAGAUGGGCACAUUCCUUGGGCAUGUCAAGCGUUCUCCCGGCUUCAUGGACAAGUACUUGUGCGGUCUCCUGCUUUGCUAUGUGUCGCAUGUCGAUUAUCCACCUCACUUGCUCCCAUUGUCAAGACAACUUGCCAGGGUAGACUGGAAUCCAAAUUAACCAAGUCAUUAAUACGUGGAGGCAUUUCAUCAGAAGGUUCUCUCUUUACUUGCUUCAGAUGAUGUCGUGCUGGUUGGAGUUAUAUCGGGAAGCCACUUUAUCUGAUAUUGAGAACGUCUUGGAGGAUUGUGUUGUUGCUUCAUUUGAAUGGAUGAAUAUUAUGUAUCCAUCUGCACAUAUUUAUCAUUCUUUUCAUUUCUUUAUAAAAUAGUUGGAAGGCGUGCAAUGUUAUGACA